AUGUAUACUUCCUAUUUCCCUCGAAGGAGUAUAACAGCGCAUCAUAGCUACUUAAGUCGUCCUCGUGAUGGUGGCGACGACGGCGUGGUGAUGAGAUUACCUCUAGAAAACCCAGCAGGUGGAUCAAAUUUUUUUGAGGAACCGCAGAUGGCUUCAAAGCGGAUCUUGAAGGAGCUCAAGGAUCUUCAGAAGGAUCCUCCUACCUCUUGUAGCGCUGGUCCUGUUGCUGAGGACAUGUUUCAUUGGCAAGCCACAAUCAUGGGUCCUCCAGAUAGUCCAUAUACUGGUGGGGUUUUCCUAGUCACUAUCCAUUUCCCUCCAGAUUACCCUUUCAAGCCACCUAAGGUUGCUUUUAGGACAAAAGUUUUCCACCCGAAUAUUAAUAGCAAUGGAAGCAUAUGCCUUGACAUAUUGAAAGAGCAAUGGAGCCCUGCCCUAACUAUUUCCAAGGUGUUGCUUUCUAUUUGUUCGUUGUUGACGGACCCAAAUCCGGAUGAUCCUUUGGUGCCUGAGAUUGCUCACAUGUACAAGACGGACAGGAACAAGUAUGAGACCACUGCAAGGAGCUGGACACAGAAGUAUGCCAUGGGCUAA